AUGGCCAGAGAGAAGUUGUCGUCAUCUGGGAAAGAUGAAGCGUCUGACCGAAAACCAGAGCAGCGCUCGUUUAGUCCUGGAGAUCAGGUCCUGGCUUUGUUAUCAAUGGUUAAUUCGCCGUUUCAGGCAAAAUGUUCUGGCCCAAAGGUAUCUGACCAAAAUGAUACGCCAGCGUUUCCAAAGGUAUCUGACCAAAAUGUUCUCCUGUCCACGCCGAAACGUAGAAAAGCCACUCAGCUCUGCCAUAUAAACCUGCUGAAGUCAUACUAUGCUAAUGAGUCUAAACCUCUCUCAGCAGCAGUGGCAGUGGGGAGUCAGUUCUCCGGAGGGGAGGAUGAUGGGGUUACAGCGCCUGAUGAGAGCUUGUUGCGGGGAAAAUUGAAGAACACUGAAACUUUGCGUAAUCUGGAGUCACUGUUGGGUCAUAUGUCGGCAGAAGGAAGGUCUGAGCUGACUGCUCUGAUUCAUAGUAAUCUGUGUCUAUUCAGAGAUACACCAAGCCGAACACACAUGAUAGUGCAUGAUAUAGAUGUAGAGGGUGCGCAUCCCAUCCGCCAGCGUUUCUGUCGUGUGUCUGAGGAAAAACGUCAGCGACUUAUGAACAGGGUGGUGUCGGGGUUGGAAGGUUGUGCCGUGUACUUGGAUGACGUUGUGAUCUAUAGCAAUACGUGGGAGGAACAUUUGGCCCGUAUUGAGAAACCGUUUGACCGGUUGAGUGAGGCGUGCCUGACAGUAAACUUGGCAAAGUGUGACUUUGCAAAGUCCACCGUCACUUACCUCGGGAAAGCUCCUCCAAACCUGCCCCCUGGAGUGCCCCCUCUGCUGCCCAACCCUUACAUCAUGGCCCCUGGACUACUGCACGCCUACCCUCCUCAGGUGUACGGCUACGAUGACCUACAAAUGCUGCAGGCAAGAAUACCGCUGGAUUAUUACAGCAUUGCACCCUUUGCAACUCCCACAGCAGCACUGACUGGCCGAGACGGCAACUUGACUAACAACCCUUACUCUGGUGACUUAUCAAAGUUUGGUCGAGGUGAUGCAUCGUCUCCUUCCCCAGCCACCACAUUAGCGCAGACACAACAGAACCAGACGCAGGCGCAUCACACUGCGCAGCAGCCCUUCCUCAACCCAGCGCUGCCGCCCGGCUACAGCUACACGAGCCUCCCGUACUACACCGGCAUGCCAGGCCUACCCAACACCUUCCAGUACGGACCUGCUGUGUUUCCGGUGGCUCCUACCUCGUCAAAGCAGCACGGUGUGAAUGUCGGCGUCAACGCGUCAGCCGCACCCUUCCAGCAGGCUAGUGGUUAUGGUUCCCAUGGAUACAGCACUGGCUAUGAGGAUGUGGGCCAGGCUUCAGGGAGUGGGGAUUUCUGUAAGGGCGGAUACGGCACUGCCGCUGCCGCUUCUGCACAAAACAAGCCAGCCAGCUCUGUCAGCGGGCCGGGAGUCGGAGUCUCUGUGACAUCAAGCAACACGGGGGUACCAGACAUUUCAGGGUCCGUUUACACAAAGACUCAGUCGUUCGAUAAGCAGGGUUUCCACGCUGGCACGCCAGCAGCUUCGUUCAGCCUGCCGUCAGCUCUGGGGAGCGGGGGUCCCAUCAACCCCCCGGCUGCCACUGCCUACGCCCCGGCCCCCUUCAUGCACAUCCUGGCCCCUCACCAACAACCCCACUCUCAGAUUCUUCACCACCACCUGCAGCAGGACGGACAGAGCGGCACUGGACAGCGCAGCCAGAACGCCUCCCUUCAGCAGAAGUCUCAGAUCAACAAGUCGGCAUACAACACCUACAACUGGGGGGCCAACUAACAUCUACUGUCGGGCCCCCACGCUGUUAACAGAAGUUAGAAGGGGGCUCAUCACUCCUUCCGCAGACGGUCUCCACAUAUAAACUCCCUCUUCCUCCUGCAGAGAUCCCGCCCCCGUCUCUUGGCCCAGCACUCCUGCGCUCUGCCUGCGGUCAGGAGGUGCUGUGCCGAGAGGACGAGCACUGUAACGAUGCAUGGACGGGUGGGGGGGGCAGGAAGGGCUUAGAAGAGAGGGAAGAUCAAAGCUAAAUGGUUAUAGAAAUGCACCCUCAAGAGGUGAAAUAUUGAGUGUUGGGAAUUUGUAUCGUGUUAAACCCCCAGCCCGCCCUCUUUUUUUCUCUGACUUGUAUGUAACAUAGAACUGUUUUCUAAAAGAAUGAAUGUUUCCUGUAUGGUCUGUUUUUUUGUUUUGUAGUCUUCCCGCUCCCCUUUUUUUCUUGCAGAUGGGGAGGAAUGAAGUAAUAUCUGAAGGUGGGGGGACAGGCUGGUUUUGUAUUUCUCACCCUCAAAUCCCCACUCUUUAACUUUCGUGGAAACGUUUCCCCUCCCUCACAAAACAAAAUGUCCAAACACAAAAAUUAGCUUGAUUGCUGUUAAAUGUUUUUUUUUUGUCAUUUUAAGUUUGAAAAAAAAUAACAAUUCUCUAAAUUGGUAGAGUUGUGAAGUUUAUUUUUUACCAAAUAUAGAUAUAUUAUAUAUAAAGACAUAUAAGCGAACUCACUGGCUCUGACUGUGAGGAAAGUGUGUUCGUCAUGUGACUGCGUGCAUGUUUGUACACACGGGGGCCGUGGUUGUGUACUGUGCUUUGUUUUUUCCCUAGCACAGCAUUUUUCAUUAUCCCACACUUGUACAAUAAUUGUUCCCAUGAAUGAUAAAGAUGUUGCAUUAAGGCCUCACCUAUUCUGCAAGAGUUGUUGAAUGAUUUCCAAGGCCAAUACACACCCAAUCUGCCUUCCAGUGCGUUUAAUUUUAUUUAGUUUUCUGAGGCCCCCCACCUCCUCCCUGCUUCACCACCUGUCCCCUAUUGUAAGGAAACCUGCAGCAUUGAAUACUGAUGGACAGAAUUGUACUAUGGGUUUUUUGUCAGUGAUUUAUUUUUUCUUUUUGUACUGUGCGUUUUAAAAACAAUUUAAAUGGAUGAACUUGUCUUGUACAUAUAUAAAAAAAACACAAGUACUGUAGUCCCUGUUUGUUCAAUGGCUUUCUCCUUUUCCUUCUCAAAUCCUUGCAGAUUUGUUAGCUUUUCGUUCCAUAUAUAUUUUUAAUUUUGUAUAAAUAUUAAGUAAAUAAACAAGAAUACAUUU